AUGUCAACACAGCCAUCGCCACCAACAUCAACAACGGCAGCAGCCGCACAGGGUGAUCCGAAUCAGGACCAAGACGCCGACAUCUCCAUGACCUCCACCUCGUCCCCAGCAACUGCAACACGACCAGAGAGUCAAGACACUAUUGCAAGUCAGCAGCCGCCACAGCAACGCCAGGAAUCCGAGGAGGAGGUGGUGGUGGAGAAAGAAGUACAGGUGCUGAAGAGCGAGGAGCAGGAAGAAGUCAAGGAACCACAGGGCAGAGUGAAAGAGGAGGAAGGUAGUGAGAUGGAGGGUGUUGUUGUGAAUGAGGAUGUAGGAGGUGCUGAUGGACAACUUUCGGAGCAGGAGAGUCGUCAGCAGACUACCAUCACUACCGCGACAACUAAACGUACCAAGGCUGCCGGUUCAAAGUCUAAGAAACCUGCAACAGGCACAACGCGCACAGAAGACGGACAAGACGCAGGAGAAGAGGAAGUGGAGGAUGAUGUUGAUGAGGAUGAAGAGGAGGAUGAAGACCGGAAACCAACUACUACAAAGUCAGGUCGCGCCGCCGAGGAAGAAGACGAACUGCCAUUAUCAUCAGACGACGACGACGAAGGAGACGAAGAAAACGAGGAUGAAGAAGGCGGCGCCGGACCAGGCCAAACCCCCAACGACGAAGAGUACAGCAACCUGCCCGAGGAGACCCUGUGUCGGUGGAGGGAUUGUGGAAAAGUUUUGCCGUCCUUAGCAGCGUUGGUGAUCCACCUGUCGGAUGAACAUAUUGGGUGGAAGAAGACGGCUUAUACCUGUGAGUGGCAGGGGUGUGCGCGCAGACCUAUUGCUCAGACGACUCGGUUUGCAUUGAUCUCGCAUAUGAGGAGUCAUACCAAGCACAAACCUUAUGAUUGUCCUGUCCCAGAAUGUGACAAGAGCUUCAGUCGCUCCGACGCGAUGGCAAAACACCUCAAAUUCCAGCACGGAGAUGUACCAGAACGAUUCACAGGACGGAAAUCCCGAGGCCGAUAUACCAUGAAAGACCCAGCAGCCUCAUCAACCCUCCUCCACUCGUCAUCCUUUGGCGCCAAGAAGCGGCGGCACCCUGAUUCCACUCGAUCUGAAACCGAUCUCCCUUCCACUUCAUCCAAACAUCGUCCGACAAAACUCCGGAAGCUUGGCGCUGGCGGUGGCGAGGAGUAUGACGAGGAUGGGUACUAUAUUGGGGAUCAACAGCACACUCACGGCAACAGUGAACAUCGACAUUACCAUCACCGUUCACAUUCUGACCGCGUGAUCCUGCAGCAUCUGGAGAACGCUCGGCGAGGAAAAGGAGGAGCAUCAACAGUAACAGCAGAAGGAGGGCGCAAGAAGGAGCGUGUACGGACCAAUACCGGUGACGAUAACGACGAAAACAACAACGAGGACGAGGACGCAAGCGGGGACGAUGACAGUGACUUCGAGACGGACAACGGACAGACACCCAGGCAGCGGUACGGGCUCCUGAAGGCCAAAUACGACUACAUCCAUAAUGAGCGUGAAGCCCUGGAAGCCGAGUACGAGGACCACAAAAAGAAGUUACAGCGACUUCGUGUUGAGCAGGAGUUAUUGCUCGAUGCUCUCCUUGUCAGUCAGGAGGAGUUUCAGGACCCUGCUCUUCAGGCUAUUGAAGACAGUGAUUAG